AUGAACUCUGUAAUUCAUUCCGGCACAAGUGUUGUGCGUAAAGCUUCUCGCUUUCUCUUAAGCUCGAGGAAAUUCUGCGAUGGUGGCAUCAAAGAUAAUAAUGGUUUCCCUCCAAUCGAAGAGCCGUUGAAGAUAACAUGGGAAUCUUCGGAGAUGGAUUGUGGGUUUGCCGAGGAGGAACAUGAAGAAAGCUUCGAUGGUCGUGAGAAAAUCUCUGUGAGGAGGAGGUUCUUGGAGGAUGCUAAGCUCGGUGCUUCCCAGGUUCUCGAUACUUUACUGCAAGAUUGUCCCGGGUCCAAUACGAAAUCAGCUUUGGAUGAGUUGAAUGUUCCAGUCUCAGGACUUGUAGUGAGAGAGGUUCUUGUUGGGAUCUUAAGGACUCUAGGGUAUGAUAACCAGACGAGGUGUGCUAAGCUAGCUUACAAGUUCUUUGUGUGGUGUGGUGGGAAAGAGAGUUUCAGGCACACGGCGAAUUGUUACCAUCUACUGAUGAAGAUAUUUGCAGAGUGUGGUGAGUACAAAGCCAUGUGCAGGCUAAUCGACGAGAUGGUCAAAGACGGUUAUCCGACGACGGCGAGGACGUUUAAUCUGCUGAUAUGCACUUGCGGUGAAGCAGGCCUUGCGAGAGAAGUCGUGGAGCAGUUCAUCAAAUCGAAAGCUUUCAACUACCGACCUUUCAAACACUCGUACAACGCGAUCUUGCACUCCUUGCUAGGGGUGAAGCAGUACAAGCUGGUUGAUUGGGUUUACGAGCAGAUGUUGGAAGACGGGUUCUCGCCGGAUGUCCUGACUUACAACAUUGUGAUGUUUGCAAACUUUAGGUUAGGGAAAACAGACCGGCUCUACAGAUUGCUUGAUGAAAUGGUUAAAGACGGGUUUUGUCCGGACUUCUACACGUACAACAUCCUCCUCCACCACCUGGCGACCGGAAACAAGCCUCUCGCCGCUCUGAACCUUCUGAAUCAUAUGAGGGAAGUGGGAGUGGAGCCCGGUGUGAUCCACUUCACCACUCUGAUAGACGGGCUGAGCCGAGCCGGGAAGUUAGAGGCUUGCGAGUACUUUAUGGAGGAGACGGUGAAGGUUGGAUGCACGCCGGAUGUUGUUUGUUACACUGUUAUGAUCACGGGAUAUAUAUCAGGUGGGGAGCUCGAGAAAGCCGUGGAGAUGUUCAGAGAGAUGACGGAGAAAGGGCAGCUCCCGAAUGUGUUCACAUACAACUCCAUGAUCCGUGGCUAUUGUAUGGCGGGGAAAUUCAAAGAGGCCUGCUCCUUGCUCAAGGAAAUGGAGUCAAGAGGGUGUAACCCUAAUUUCGUGGUUUACAGUACGCUGGUCAACAAUCUGAGAAACGCAGGGAAGCUUUUAGAGGCUCACGAUGUAGUCAAGGACAUGGUGGAGAAAGGGCAUUAUGUUCAUCUGAUUUCAAAGUUGAAAAAAUAUAGAAGAAGCUAG